AAGCUUGAUAUAAGAGAGAAAGUGAGAGAGAUCAGCCAUAUAUUUACAAAUUAAGGAAAAUGGCUAUGUCUCAUGACCUCCAGCUCUUUCUUGGUUUGCUUGCUUUGGCUUCCUCGCUUGCAAUAGCUACUGAUCCCACACAGCUUCAAGACUUUUGCGUUGCAGACAACACGUCAAACAUAUUUGUGAAUGGGUUCGUCUGCAAGGACCCCAACUUGGUGAACGAGAACGACUUCCUCUUCAAGGGCUUAAACCAACCUGGCAACACAGCAAAUCAGUUGGGAUCGAAGGUGACGCCUGUUUUUGUUACGCAACUCCCGGGAUUGAACACACUCGGCAUCUCACUUGCUCGCAUAGACUUUGCGCCUUAUGGUCUCAUCCCUCCUCACACUCACCCGAGGGCCAGCGAGAUACUCAUGGUGAUACAGGGCACUCUUGCUGUCGGCUUCGUGGCAUCCAAUAACCCGGACAACAAGCUCUUCACAAAGGUUCUUAAUGAGGGAGAUGUCUUUGUCUUCCCGCAAGGUCUCAUCCACUUUCAGCUCAACAUUGGAAAUACAAAUGCAGUGUCUAUUUCCGGGCUCAGCAGCCAGAAUCCGGGAGUGAUUACUAUUGCCAAUGCAGUCUUUGGAUCAAAGCCGCCUAUCUCUCCCUAUAUUUUAGAGAAGGCUUUCCAGCUUGAUCAGAAGACCGUGGAAAUACUUCAGGCCAAGUUCUGGACGAACAAUAGCUAGAGAUCGAUCAUUGGUUGCUUAAUUGCUUGCCUUCAAUUUAUUAAUAUUAUUCGACAUAUAUUAUCACGGUGUUGUCAGCUAUUUUAACAAGCAGCUUGUUUAGUGUUCUAUAGUAAUGUACUUCUAUGCGUUAAAUUUACUUAAAUAUAUUAUGUUUUUAUGUGUUA